AUGGGCUUAAUUGAAAUGAUAUUUACAUUCGAAGCCUGUUGCACUACAAUUCGCAGUAAAAUCCUUAAAAGCACAUUGGUACGUGUUGAUGUAGGUGAUAAAGUUGAUGAUGUAGGUGAUAAAGUUGAUGUAGUUGGUGAUGUUGUAGUUGGUGAUGUUGAUAUUGGUGAAAAAGAGUCUUGUGCUAACAGACUUGGUAUAAUAGUAUCAAUUUUAACGUUUGAUAGAUCAACGGUUGGCAGGUCGGCCGAGAAUUGGACGUUGAGUAAACUCGAGUUUAUAAGCACGGCAAAAAGUGUCAAUGCAGCAAUUAAGGAUAAAAAUGUUAACGAAAACCGCCAGAAAAUAAACAUUUUAUUGGAUUAUUUUAUAGCACAAGUUAAAUAA